AUGCCAGUCCUGAGCCACGUUCAAGGUUUCGAGCGGCAGGCCAGUUCCACAACUGAUCCUGUACGGUCAACGCAAUUAACAAAUGUCAGUCCUCAGCCACGUUCAACGGUUUCGAGUGGCAGUUCCACAACUGAUCCUGUACGGUCAACGCAAUUAACAAAUGUCAGUCCUGAGCCACGUUCAACGGUUUCGAGUGGCAGUUCCACAACUGAUCCUGUACGGUCAACGCAAUUAACAAAUGCCAGUCCUGAGCCACGUUCAACGGUUUCACGAGUGGCAGUUCCACAACUGAUCCUAGAUGCCAGUCUUGCGCCACGUUCAACGGUUUCGAGCGGCAAUUCCACAACUGAUCCUGAACCGUCAACGCAAUUAACAAAAUGCCAGCCCUGUACGCUUACGCUUCUACAGAUUAUUGAACAAAAGUGCUCAGAAUCAUCCACAACUGAUCCUGAACCGUCAACGCAAUUAACAAAUGCCAGUGCUGUGCCGCGUUCAACGGUUUCGAGUGGCAGUUCCACAACUGAUCCUGUACGGUCAACGCAAUUAACGAAUGCCAGUCCUGAGCCACGUUCAACAGUUACGAAUGGCAGUUCCACAACUGAUCCUGUACCGGUCAACGCAAUUAACAAAUGCCAGUGCUGUGCCGCGUUCAACGGUUUCGAGUGGCAGUUCCACAACUGA